UUAUGAAAUUGGUUCCUCGUGAGUUGGAUAAAUUGCUACUCCAUCAAGGUAAAUUAAUAUUUUCAACAUGAAACAUAAGCGAAUUUAACAGAAAUGCAUGUUUUCUUUUGUGAGGUGAUGCGGUACUAAAUAAUCAUAAUAACGUUCGAUGAUAUUCCUGACCUUUUUUUAUAGUUGGUUCACUUGCACAAAAGCGUUUGGCAAGAGGCGUCAAAUUAAAUUAUGCAGAAGCCACUGCAUUGAUUGCUUCACAAUUACUUGAAUUGAUGCGAGAUGGUUGCUAUUCCGUUUCUCAAUUGAUGGAUCUGGGUAAGCAAAUGUUAGGUCGUCGUCAUGUACAGCCUGAUGUCAUUGAUAUUGUAAAGGAGGUCCAGGUCGAAGGCACAUUUCCAGAUGGGACCUACUUGGUGACUGUUCAAGAACCUGUGUGUACCGAUAACGGUAAUCUGGAAUUGGCUCUGUAUGGUUCGUUCUAUCCGAUUCCGGACCAGUCAAAGUUCGAACUGGGCAUUCCCAGGAACCGACAAGAAGCACCGGGUGCCAUUAUCGCUAUGCCGCAACCAGUUCAACUGAAUGCCGGGCGAAAACGAUUAUCAUUGACAGUGACAAACCAUGGAGACCGAGCCAUCCAGAUUGGUUCUCAUUUCCAUUUCAUCGAGACCAAUAAAUUCUUGAACUUUAAUCGAGCACUUGCUUAUGGAAUGCGCCUGGAUAUUCCAGCAGGUUCUGCUAUUCGAUUUGAGCCCGGAGAUUUUAAGACGGUAACCCUUGUAGAGAUUGGAGGCAAAAAGAUCAUUUCAGGGGGAAAUGGGUUAGCUACGGGACCUGUGGAUUUAAUCCGUUUACCUUCUAUUAUCAACAAUUUGAUGUCGUUGGGCUACAUGCAUGACACACGAGCUCCCCUUCUACCUAACGCACCUCCCUAUACAUUGGAACGCGAUUACUACAUUGAUCAUUUCGGUCCUACCACAGGCGAUCUCAUUCGUUUGGGAAACACUAAUCUAUGGGCACGUAUCGAAAAAGACUUCACGGUCUAUGGCGAUGAGUGUAAAUUUGGCGGAGGUAAAGUCUUGAGGGAAGGCAUGGGUCAAUCCACCUAUGACUGCGAUGCAGAAGUCUUGGAUUUGCUCAUUACCAAUGCUAUGAUAUUUGAUUAUUCUGGUAUCUACAAGGCAGAUAUUGGCAUCAAGAAGGGCAUGAUUGUUGGUAUAGGCAAGGCAGGAAAUCCUGAUAUUAUGGACGAUGUGACACCUGGUAUGAUUUUUGGGGCUAGUACAGAGGUUUUGGCGGGCGAGGGCUUGAUUUUUACGGCUGGUGCUAUAGAUUCUCAUGUGCAUUACAUUUGUCCGCAAAUGUGUUAUGAGGCUCUUUCAAGUGGUAUUACAACCUUGAUUGGAGGCGGUACUGGUCCGAAUACAGGUACCAAUGCCACUACAUGUACACCAGGCAAGUAUCAUUUAGAAACCAUGAUGCAGGCUACGGACGAUCUUCCGCUUAACUUUGGAUUUUCCGGCAGAGGAAGUUGUUCGAGUAAAGAGCCACUUAGAGAGCAAGUAGAGGCGGGCUGUAUCGCACUUAAAGUUCAUGAAGAUUAUGGCGCUAAUUCAAAUGCCAUUGACACUUGUUUACAAGUCAGUGACGAAUUGGAUAUUCAGACAACUAUCCAUACAGAUACUUUAAAUGAAGGUGGAUUUGUAGAAACUACCAUUGCUGCAUUUAAAGGUCGAACAAUUCAUACGUAUCAUAGUGAAGGUGCGGGUGGUGGUCAUGCUCCUGAUAUUAUCACAGUAUGUAGUGAGGCCAAUGUAUUACCUUCAUCUACCAACCCGACGCGCCCAUUUACAGCCAAUACGUUAGACGAGCACAUUGAUAUGCUGAUGGUCUGUCAUCACUUGUCUAAAACGAUUCCUGAAGAUGUAGCAUUUGCAGAAAGUCGUAUCCGAGCCGAGACGAUUGCAGCUGAAGACGUGCUGCAUGACAUGGGAGCCAUUAGUAUGAUCAGUUCAGACUGUCAAGCGAUGGGUAGAGUUGGGGAGGUGGUAUUGCGUACAUGGAAGACAGCACACAAGAUGAAAUUGCAACGCGGUAAGUUACCAGAGGAUGAAGGUCGCGUUGAUGAUAAUUUCCGAAUUAAGCGCUAUUUAGCUAAAUAUACCAUCAACGUGGCGAUCGCGCAUGGGAUCAGUCAUUUGGUUGGUUCAAUUGAAGUUGGCAAGAUGGCAGAUCUUGUUGCUUUUACACCUGCAUUUUUCGGUAGUAAACCAGAGCUUAUUUUAAAAGGAGGCAUUCAUGUAUGGGGCCAGAUGGGUGAUGCCAACGGAUCUAUUUCAACGACAGAACCGAUCGUGUCCAGACCAUUGUUUGGUUCAUUUCCUUCAAGUCUUUCCAAGAGUUGUAUGCUAUUUGUAUCACAGAUUUCAAUUGAUAAUGGCACGAUAGCAAAAUAUGGACUGAGGAAACGUAUCGAGGCCGUCAAGAACUGUCGUAAUAUUUCAAAAAGGGAUAUGAAACUGAACGACGCCAUGCCAAUCAUUGCAGUGGAUCCAGAAACGUAUGCAGUCACCGCAGAUGGCGUGGAUUGCGUCUGUGACCCUGUGGAUACGCUGCCAAUGACUCAAUCCGUCUACUUAUUCUAAAAAUUGUUCAAAUGCCGUCCCUUGCUUAAUUUAUUUAUAGCAUCACUUUUUUUUUAUCAUAAUAUAUUUCUUCUGUUCAUGAAAAAAAGCAAACAAUCACAAGCCUCGCAUGUGUGUGUGA